AUGUCGGACCAAUCGAAGGCCAUGCUGGCCGUGUGCAGCUAUGUCACCAAGGUGGCCAGCGAGGUGCGAGACCGCUUGGAGGCUGGCAAGGUACCAAAUCCGGAUCAGCUGUCGAAGUACGUACAGCAGGUGGUGGAUCAGCUCCAGAAGCUGGUGAAGGGAGCGCCGCGCAACAUCCAGGAUAAGAUGGCCGGCCCCUUCCACGGCUUCUACGACUUCUGGGGCAACAAGACUAACAAGCCUCUGAGUGCGCAAAGCUUUCUUGGCAUCCUCGAGGAUCUCGAGGACGCCUUCCCCAUGCCAGCCAAUGGAAACGGGGACGAAGGAACCGCAGCUCCCGCGCCCGCGGCCAGUGCCAAGGGCAAGGGUGGUGGAGGUGCGCCGGCCCCCACCAGCGGUAAAGGCGCGCCGGCCCCCGCUAGCGGAAAAGGCACCACUCAGGCGGCAGCUGGUGGUAAAGGUUAUUCUUCCGCUCCGGCGCAGGCACCCAAAGAAGUUGAGCGCCCCCCAAAGGUGGAGGCUCCGGCAGUUCGCCCUGCAGCGGCGCAGGGCGGCCAGGCUCUUUUCGAGGCAAAACGCCGGCCGGCGCCGGCGGCUGCGCCGCCGGCCGAUGGCCUCGGCUCCAUGAGGGCGGAUGCCGCAGCCUUUGUGCCGGGCCAGGGCUUCGUCAGCGAGAAGUCCGAGGUGCCUAAGUCCCGGCGAGCUGCUGCACCGGCCAUGAGUGAGGCUUCCAAGCGCAUGCCGACCUACGAGAAGAAGGACUGGAUCAUCGCGGGCAUCCGGCACAACAUCGUGACGGUCAUCAGCGGCGACACGGGCUGUGGAAAGUCGACACUGAUUCCGCAGCUGGUCUGCGAUGCCGAAAACCUUGUCGCGGAUGACAAGGUGGUGGUCUGCACGCAGCCCCGCCGAGUGGCGGCAAUCACUCUGGCCGAGUACGUGGCACGAGACCGCGGGCAGGAACUUGGCGAUGAGGUUGGAUAUCAGAUCCGAUUCAUCAACAAGUUCUGCGAGUCGACUCGCUUGAUCUAUGCCACCACCGCCAUUGUGCUGCGCCGACUCCACAGUGAGCCUACUUUAGACAGCAUCGGCUGCCUCAUCAUUGACGAGGUGCAUGAGCGUGAUGUGUACACCGACUUCCUUCUUCUCCUACUCAAGGAAGCCAUGCUGAAUGGUCGAAUGCCUCAUCUCAAGGUGGUCCUCAUGAGUGCCACCCUGAAAGCGGACGACUUUGCCAACUACUUCAACAAAGUGAACGGGCAGACAGCUCUGAAACCGGUGCACAUCCCGGGGCGGAUGUAUGCCGUGGAAGACUACUACUGGGAGGAUGCCUGCGAGUGGAUUGGCUUCUGCCCGCCGGACAAGGGCGCUGGCAAGGGCGGCAAGGGAAAGAAGGGCAAAGACAGAGACGAAGGCGGCGCCGCCGAAGAUAAGAUUGAGGCCUGCUACCAGGCGAUCAAAAAGGAUGACACGCCAAAAGGAAGGCCGGGCAGUGAUCGCGCGGACUCCUACGGCCUCAACACCUUGAGGGCUUGUGCCUUGUGGCGCCAGUGCGAGGUCUACGUCGACCUCGUCGAGGAGUUGGUCCACUACUUCCACCACAAGCAGCCCAAGGGUGACGGGGCGAUCCUCAUCUUCUUGCCAGGCUGGGGUGACAUCACCAAGACGUACAUCCGCCUGUACCAGUCAGGUGAGAAUUACAAGCUCAUCACGCUGCACUCGCUGAUGACGCCGGAGCAGCAGCAUGAGGCCUUCGAGAAGCCGCCGGAAGGAUUCCGCAAGAUCGUCCUCUCCACGAACAUCGCCGAAGCAUCUGUGACCAUCGACGACGUUGUUUACGUCAUCGACACCGGCGUCAGAAAGGAGCGCACAUAUGAUGCAGGCACCGGCAUUUCGGCCCUCGACGCCAAGAUGGUGACGAAGGCCAACGCUAUCCAGCGACGCGGCCGUGCUGGUCGAUGUCAGGAAGGAUUAGUGGUCCACCUUUUCCCUAGCUACAAGUUCAACGACUUCGACCAGUUCCCCCUGCCGCAGAUGCUCUCCUCCUCCAUGGAGGAAGUGGUUCUUCAGUCGAAGGUCAUCCACGGGGGCUCGAACUCUGAGAUUUCCUCCAUGCUCACGAACUCCAUGGCUGCCCCGCAACCACAGGCCGUGCAGGCUGCGGUGAAGCUGCUGAAGGACAUGAACUGCCUCACGCGUGCUGGCGAGUUAACCGUUCUAGGCCGCGCAGUGGCGACGAUUCCAGUGCAGCCGAAUGUGGCAAAGUUCCUGCUGAUUGCUGCAGCUUUCCGCUGCAUCAAGCCCGCCGCCUGUAUUGCCGCCUUUCUCUCGAUCAAGAGCCCCUUCCAGCAGUCGGUCAACGAAAGUAAGGACAAGGGCAAGGUGACGGGCAAGGACUACUUCAACAAGGGUUUUGCAUCCGAUCACCUUACGAUGAUCCAGGCCUACGUGGAGUGGCGGCGCGAGACACUGCGAGGGAAGGGCGAUGACUUCUGCGACGAGCAGGGGCUGAGUCCGGAGACCCUGGACAUGGCCUUCAUGAUGGUGCAGCAGUUUGUUUCCUUCAUGGUGGAUGCGGGCUAUGACGGUGAGGACGUCUCCGGUGAGGGUGACCUUGGCGAGGUGGACCCGGUCAAGAAGGGCUCCGACGUCGAUGCCUUGCUCAAAGCCGCCAUGGUGGCCGGAUUCGCCCCAAACCUCUGCGUCCUUUACCGGGGGAACCGCUCACCGUACUGGUACCUGGACAGCAACGAGGAGGUGUCGCCCUUCCGAGGGUCGGCCAAUGCAGACUACCAGAUGGGUGGGGCGGACGGAGAGGAGUGGAUGGUCUUUAGCGAUUCCAUGAAGAUGGGCAGGUUCAACUCCAUCAUGGACUCCUCCCUCGUCUUCUCGCCUUUCGUCCUUCUCUUCGCCAACGCGCUGCUGAUCAAAGAGAAGGAGGGAGAGAUCCGCUUCGACAAGUGGUACGCCUACAUUCAGCAAGGACCCUGGAUCAAGGAGCUGCUGUACCUCCGCAGCCAGGUGAUGCCGCAGUUCAAGGAAGCCAUGGAAGCGAGAAACAUCGCCGAGUUCCCCAGAGAGCUGGUGGCGCGCAUGGUGGACUUCCUCAGGCAGCGGCCAAUCCGGCUAGACAAGAUCGAGGCUGCGCCUCGCUCCAUCGAUGAAGAGAUCACAGGCGCGGCGAGAAAGCAGAUCUCUACCUUCGAGUGGCCGGAGGAUCACGGAGAGGAGGAGGAGGAGGAAGAGGAGCAGUGA